AUGUCAUCUCAAGCCACAAUGCUUGGCGCCGAAUUGCCUGUAUCACCCCAGCUCUUCCUGCUGGGGAUCGUCUUGACUGGAUAUCUGUUUUACAAUUAUAUCAUCUUUCCAACCCCCCAAUCCGUGGCCAGCUUGCAAUUUCUGAACAGUUCGCCUGGAGAAUGGUUUCCCUACCUUCGGGCACUCUAUCGCAACACCUUGGAUCUUAAAAAGACUCUUUACCUGCACCACACUGAGCACAAGAAUGAGACGGUCCGCGUUCCUAUCCUGGGACCCGGUCAAGACAAGUUGAUUCUGUUGCCGUCUUCCCAAAGGAAAUGGCUCGUGGAUCAGCCUGACUCUGCCGUGAGCAUGCAUGAACAGACCACCAACCACUUCCAAUGGAACUAUGGCACCAUCUAUCCCACUCGCGACCACAACAAAGUCCCCAUUCACAUCAUAGCCACCAAGCUCACUCGGGAGAUUGGAAACCUGAUCCCGACCCUUUCGGAAGAGUUAGAUCUUGCACUGGCCAAGUAUUGGGGAGAUGACGUCUCAAUCGGCGACGAGUGGAAGGAGGUGGGAGUUUACGAUACGCUGCGGCCCAUCAUCAGUCAAGCAAUCAAUCGCAUAUUCAUCGGAGAGCUGCACUGCCGAAACGAAGCAGUUCUUGAUGCUGGAUUCUCGUACGCAAAAGUCAUUCCGUUCGAGGCAAACAUGCUCUGGCUCAUUCCCAACCCGUUACGGCAUCUUUUGGCGCCUCUGAUCACACUCCCAUCCCGCUGGUGCGAGAAACGGUGGUUCAAUCUUACCAUCGAUGAGGUUCGCAAAAGAUUGGCGGCUAGAGGACAUGGCAAAGAAUCCGAUAAAUACGUCGGGGGGCUUGAGGAAGGGGCCAGGAAUGACUUUUUGGCGUGGCUCAUCGAGUACGGAGAAUCCCAAGGAGAUCCCUACCUGUUGGAUCCCGAAGUCCUCUCGGCGCGCAUCUUGCUCCUCAACGCCUUUGCCCUCCACACCAACGUCUUUGCCAUUGUGCACAUGCUUCUCGAUAUCGUCGGGGCAGGAGUCGAGCAAGGCUCCAAGAUUGUUGCCGAACUCCGUCAAGAGAUCAACGAUGUUCGUGCCGCUCAUAGCGAGGAUGAGGGUUGGAACAAACGAUCACUUGCCAAGCUGGAGAAGCUGGACAGCAGCUUCCGGGAGAGCCAGCGAGUCAACACCAUCUUGAGUCUGGGCCCCCUGCGAAUUGUAGGAAAGGAGGGCAUCACUACCCCCUCCGGCAUUCACAUUCCACCGGGCUAUCAAGUUGGCAUCCCGGCUUACUCGAUCCACUUUGACACCGAGAUCUACGGAGCUGACACUGAAGCUUUCAAACCAUUCCGCUUCUACAACAGAAGAAAAGACGCACGGGACACUGGUGAUAGUCUCAAGGGAGCUAGACAAGCGUGGGCUACCACAUCUGCCGACUACUUGUCAUUCGGGGCUGGUUUGAACAGCUGUCCGGGAAGGUUCUUUGCUUCUGGAAUGUUAAAGGUACUCAUGGCCAACAUCUUGUUGAGGUAUGAUUUUGAGUUUCAGGAAAAGAGAGCAAGUAAUUUGUGGUUUGGAACCAACCACAUCCCUCCAAUGAGUGCAAAGAUGAGAAUUAGGAGGAGGCAGUUGUAG